CAGAAGUGCAGCUUUGCUCAAACUUACAGGAAAGGGGUUGAGAGCGAAUACUGAAUUUUAGCUACCGAUACGGGACAGUUCGCGAUCACCGCAAAUAAACUGUUACUCGUGCUGCUCACACGAUACAUUUUUCAAAACACUACUUAUCUCCAACCUCUCCUUUAAGGAUACGUCACGGUUAAUAUUUGAAUGACUUCCGCUCUGGAUCUUGUGAGAGUGUGUCAUGAUACAAACCAUCAGCGCGAUCAUAGUUACAUUGAUCGCUGUCUAUACCUAUUGUACCUUUCUGUACGAGCCGGGAGUAGCCCUCAGGUCAGUUCUGCCCUGCGUUUCAUGUGGUUGAUGAGGUGUCUGGUUCGAAGGAUGUCCUCAACCCGGUACCGCAACGUCGUGUGGGAGUCUCCAGAGUUGGUAGCCUACCUGCACCCGCGGCCCUGGACCCCUGGCUCUGUUAUCCUGGAGCAGAGGGCCACUGGGAGCGGCGAGGCCAGCAUCUUCCAGCUAGGGGAGACCGAGUACCUGUCCAUGCUGCUGGGGGCCCGGGCAGUAGGGGCCCUGCUCUGUGACAGACUUGGGGUACGCAGGUGUGCGUUGGUCACCAGGCCACAGACCAACACACAAGCACAGAUUCGUAUCCUUCCACUGCACGGCCUUGAUGCUGAGUGGCGCCCCCAUCUGGCCGCGAAGGAGGAGUACUGCCCCUUUGACCCUGGCUUCUGCACCUCCAAGAGUGGCCCCCGCUGGAGUGACGCCCAUCUGGCUGACAUCCAAGAAAAGGUCCGGACUGGGCUGCCCUCUCCAGACGCCCCCGCAGACCUCACCUUCCUGGGUGAGGACCCUGGCCACCCAGGACUGUUUUCCCGCAUUGUGCGUGGCGAGGAGCCCCAGUGGCGUGUGUGGGAGGACCGUGGCCACGUGGCCUUCCUCACCCCCUUCCCCAACGCCCCCGGGCUCACCGUGGUCGUUCCGCGGCGGCCGCUGACCUCCGACAUCUUCCGGUUGGAAAGGGGGGAUUAUGAGGCUCUGGCGUUGGCAACCCGGCAGGUAGCCGCGCUUAUAGGGGAGGGGCUUGAAGCCAAGGGCGUGGGGCUUAUCUUUGAGGGCUUCGAGAUCGACUACGCUCACGCCAAGCUGAUUCCGCUGCUGUCGUCUCUGUCGGCAUUUGGGGAGGGCGAUACCCCGUCGGAGCCGCGCCCGGCCCAGUUCCAUUCCACGUACCCCGGGUUCGUGACCUCAGAGGACGGGCCCGAGGCGAGCCUGGAGAGUUUGAAGGAGAUCCACAACCAAAUCACUCAACUUUAACCUCAGCCCCCUCAACAGCUAGAGAACUAUUGUGUGCACAUGCUCUAUGGAAGUGCCGGACUAUAGAAUUGCUGGGAAAGGAUGGUUGCUGGGAUCCGGCGGUUCGUGCUGUGAAUACCUUUUGAUUAUGAUUGUGAACAAUGCAUUUAAAACCAGGGAGGAAAAAGAUGAUGCACAUCUUGAUUCUGAGGAGCUUGUGUACCAAUUGUGUACCAUUUGUCAAAAACAUGUACGCCUUGUAUCUGCUACAUACAUGUGAUAGAUUAUAUUAUACAAUAUGCGUAUUGUUCUAAUUUUUACAGAAUAAUUUUGUACUGUUCUAAUAAUAUUUAUUUUGUGUCAGACAAUGUAUUUCAAUUUUCUUCUAGAUAUCCAAUGUAAAAUUUCAUUUCAUUGUAUUUCAUUGCUAUAUGUGCCAUUAAAUGUAAGUAAGCAAAACGUUAUUUUUAAACUACAUUGACGAAAUGGCAAAUGAAUUGUAUUCAUAUUUACUACACUUCUAUAUAUAGUUGCAUAAAAACUGUAUUCUGAAUUACAACAAACAAUAUAAGUCUGUAACCAUCGAUCAUUUCGGUAUUCUAGGGUUGAUGAUUUUAGUUGCAUUUGUGCAUUGGCUAAGGGUUGGCUAAUUUCAGAAUUUUAAACUAAUUCAAAUCAAAUUUUAUUUAUACAAUUUUCUUGAAAAAUGGCAAUGAUACAAAAAACUCCACAAGGAAAACCAUACAUUAAUAGGGGAAGAAAACACAAGAACCAAAGAUUAGAAUCAAAGAGACACAAUUGGUGGUAGAAUUAGAGCAAUGUACCCAUUUUGUUUUUUUGCCAAGCUAGUGUAAUAUUCGCUCUAUCAUAUGCGUCCAGCUCCCCUUCCGUUCAGAAAAAUUUCCACAAGAUCUGGUCCGGGUCAGGCCAAUCACCGCCAUUAUCUUAUAUGGGGCGGGCUUGAUACAAUAACUUUACAGAGGAGUGCCCUAAGGGAUUGCAGUUGAGGCACAUAAACAACUAAGAUGUCGAAUCUUGUGGCCCUGAUGUGCCACAAGAUUCGUUGCUCGGAUCGGUUGGUAGGUCAAUCCAAUUCCGUAAAUAGGCAUUUUCGUCUGCGCCCCUUAAUAACUCAUAAUAACUGAGAGGUUCCAGACUUCUGAGAAAGAUAAGACAGCUGAACUAAAAAAGUAUGUUUUAAGAUAUGAUGAUGCUGUUUAUAAAGAUAUUGAAGGCUUAUGCUGUAUAUUUUACUUAAUUAAUUGCACUUGAGCAAAAGUUCCCUACUGGGGGUUAAUAAAGAACAUCACUUU